AUGUAUCCAUUGUAUAAAGAAGAUGUUGAAGAUCUUGAUAAAAUUGAACAAGAUAAUUGGGAUCUGACAUCGAUAAAUGAUGAUCAACAACAACAACGGCCGACAACAUUCGAACGACUUUUUCAUUCGUAUCAACGUUAUAAUGAACUUCGACGAAAGGACGAUGCUAUCAAAGAACGUUUUAACGACUUGCAAACUAAAUUACAAGAACUCGACGUUCUUCAUCAAUCUCAAAAAGAACAUUUUCGAACAACAACACCUUCGUCACGCGAUAGCGGCGUUCCAAUCCGUUCAUCUUCAUCCUGUUGUUCAUUGACAUCCGAUAGCACGAGUACACCAAAGAGUUCGCUUGAACGUCCAUUCGAUUCACCAACAUUACCGUCACCAUCGCACACAAGUGUUCUUCAAUUCUAUCUUCAUCCUCCAGUUAACCCAAGUCAUCGUCACGUUAGUGUUCAUCUAGACGAAGAAGCUGCUAAUAUGUCAUACAUACACGAAACUAUUCCACGUUAUCAAUCCCACGGACGAAAUGUUCAUUGGAACGAUAAACAACUGACAACUCCAUCACGUCGUUCAGCUAGCCAACAUGUUUUUCACGAUGAAAAUCAAACAAGUUGCUACCAUUCGGAUACCAACAUUCUGGCAAAGCAAGGCCAAUGUAUUUCACUCAAUGCGAGCUUACCAUAUCAAUCGAAACUGAAUAUUCGUAUUCAUGCUGAUCGAACAUCGGAUGAUAGCUCGAAUAACAAUCUGAAACAAGUGAAAGCAGUAGCAACAAUUGAACCAUUGGAUAAUCCACAAUAUGAACAAACACAUUUUGAUCAAUUACAACAAGCGUACGCGGAACAUUAUUCAACAUUAUUAUCCAAUGAAAGUGUUCUCUCGAGCAAAACAUAUUCAUCUGUGCAACAGCGAGAAUCACGACGUGAUACAUUACCACGGCAUCGUCAGGUUUCAUUGCCUAUCUCUUUACCAAUCGAUCAACGGCUCUAUUUAUAUAUUCAAAAUGGAGAAGUUCUUGCCAGAUGUUGA